ACGCCUGCCGGCCACUGUUUCACCACCACCUCUAAGGACUGGCACCACGGUGGCAGAGAGAACAUCUUGUUGUGUACAGACUGUCGUAUCCACUUUAAGAAGUACGGUGAGCUGCCUCCCAUCGAGAAGCCAGUGGACCCGCCCCCGUUUAUGUUCAAACCCGUCAAAGAGGAUGAGGAUGGACUCAGCGGCAAGCAUAGCAUGAAGACCCGACGCAACAGAGGAUCGAUGUCGACGCUCCGUAGUGGCCGUAAGAAGCAGACAGCCAGCCCUGAUGGACGAGUGUCUCCAACCAAUGAGGACCUCCGGUCUAGUGGCCGUACCUCCCCCUCCGCAGCCUCCACAGACAGCACUGACAGCAAGACAGACCCCAUGAAGAAACCCAGCAAGAAGAUCAAGGAGGAGUCUCCUAUGAAGUGUGCCAAACGCCAACGAGAGAAAGGAGGAGCCUCAGACACCGAGGACACGGACAACAGGACAAUCGCCAAAAAGUCCAAGACCCAGGAGCUGGGUCGGUCCGACUCGCCGUCGGAAUGCGAGGGAGAGGGCGAGAGCUCCGACGGGCGUAGCGUCAACGAGGAGUGUAGCAGUGACGCUAAAGACAUUGACCAGGACAACCGCAGCUCCUCGCCCUCCAUCCCCAGCCCCCGYGACGGGGAGAGUGACUCGGACUCCUCCGCCCAGCAACAGCUGCUUCUACUGCAGAGGAGGGAGAGAGAGAGGGAGGGACAGUCACAGCACCCUCCGGUUAUCCAGUCCUGUCAGCCAGGGACCUCUGGUGGUCGCUCCACCACCCCACCAUUACCUCCCACGUCCUCCUCAGCCCCCUCACUGGUCCCCCAGGUGUCCUCCCCCUCUCCCUCCGCACCCCCCACCUCCCUUCCACUGCAGCUACCACCUCCCAUGCCCCAACAGGCCGGCCCCCUCUCUCUCAUCCAAUCAGGGGCGUCCAUCCACCCCCAGAGGCGGCCCUCUCCCUCGCCUCAUUCUCCGCUGCAGGGGAUGUCUCAGGCUCCACCCCCAGGACUACCAGGCUCCACCCAGUCGCUACCUAGCGCGCUCCACGGCCGCAAUGCUCCCACCCAUCAUCCAUGGCCCCACCCACUCCAAACUGGCCCCUCUCACCUGCCCCACCCCCACUCCCUGCCCCCUCAAAGCUUCCAUUGGGCCCCCAGUCUCAGGUCCCGCCCUCCCCGCUCCCUCUCAGUCAAUCGCAGCAGCCGUCUCACAGGCCCACACGCCCCCCAGCCAAUCAUCGUCGUCCCAGGUGGCUCGUCCAAUCAGCCGCCCCGCGAGCAGCCCCUCCCCCGCCCCUUCCAUGUCCAUGCCCACAUCAAGCCCCCUCCCACCACUCCCAUCCCCCACAUGCCCAACCGCGACCCUCAGUCUCACAAACACGGCCUCCGCACCUCACAGCGCCCCCCUUCCCCCAGAUGCCCUCCAACCUGCCCCUCCACCCGCUCUCAAACCCCUCUCCUCCCUGUCCACCCACCACCCUCCUCCUGCCCAUCCUCCUCCCCUCCAGCUCAUGCCCCAGGCCCAGCCAGCAGCUCCAGCCUCCACCAGCCCAGCCCCUGUCCUCACCCAGUCCCAGAAUCUCCCCCUUUCAGAGAGAGAGCGAGGCAGCCAGCACCACCCUCCUCCUCCUCUACCCCGUCCGGACCAUCACCAUCCUCCCACCCCAACACAUCCCAACAGUCCCCGUUCCCUCCUCACCCUUCGCCCCUGUCCUGCCCCUCUCCUCCUCUGGCUGUCCUCCCCCCUCCUCAUCCUCCUCUCUACCACCAGGCCUCCAGCCCCCAUCUUCCUCCAUUCCUCCAGCCUCCCUCCUCCUCCUCCUUCUCCAUGCCCCUCACCGCCUCCGCCGUUCCGCCUGUACACAUCAAGGAGGAACCUCUCGACGAAUCAGAGGAGCCCGAGAGCCCUCCACCCCCUCCGCGGAGCCCCUCCCCCGAGCCUACCGUCGUCAACACGCCCAGCCAUGCCAGCCAAUCAGCACGGUUCUACAAGCACCUGGACCGUGGCUACAACACGUGUGCUAGGACAGACUUCUAUUUUACUCCUCUGGCUGCUUCUAAACUGGCCAAGAAGAGAGAAGAAGCACUGGAGCGGGUCAAGAGGGAGGCCGAGCAGAAAGCCCGGGAGGACAAGGAGAGGGAGAGGGAGAAGGAACGAGAGAGGGAACGGGAAAGAGAGAAGGAACAGGAGAGAGCUGCGAAAGCCUCCAGUUCGUGUCAUGACGGCCGUAUGGGUGACUCCCAAAUGGGUGGCUCCGCCCACAUGCGUCCUCCCUUCGACGGCCCCCCUACCUCCAUCGCCGCGGUGCCCCCCUACAUCGGGCCCGACACGCCUGCCCUUCGCACCCUCAGCGAGUAUGCCCGCCCCCACGUCAUGUCCCCGACCAAUAGGAACCACCCCUUCUUCGUCUCCCUCAACCCCAACGACCCCCUGAUGGCCUAUCACAUGCCUGGCCUCUACAACGCCGACCCGGGCAUGCGGGAGCGCGAGCUGCGAGAGCGGGAGAUGAGGGAGAGAGAGAUGAGGGAGAGGGAGCUGAGAGAGAGGAUGAAGCCUGGGUUCGAACACAAACCCCCGGAYCUAGAAGGCAUGCACCCCUCGGCUAACCCCAUGGAGCACUUUGCACGACACGGCGCCAUCUCCUUACAAUCCAUGGCGGGACCGCACCCCUUCGCCUCCUUCCACCCGGGUCUCAACCCCCUGGAGAGGGAGCGUUUGGCGUUGGCCGCGGGACCCCAGCUCAGACCAGACAUGAGCUACCCGGAGCGGCUGGCGGCGGAGAGGCUGCACGCCGAGAGGAUGGCGGCGGUGGCCAACGACCCUAUCGCCAGGCUUCAGAUGUUCAACAUCACGCCUCAUCACCACCAGCACUCCCACAUCCACUCACACCUGCACCUGCACCAGCAGGACUCCCUGCACCAAGGUCACGCUAAUCCCAUAAAACAAUACUCUAAAUACUGGAUGCAAAUACUGCAAUAGUCUUGAAAAUAACUU